UGACUCAUAAAUAACAGGAGAAACCAAGAUCAGUCGAUAUCAGCUAUCGGAGAGGAAAAAAAUGUAUAUAACCGGCUGAAGAGUUGUGCUGAGUUCGUCAAGUCCUCACUAGCUAGAAACAGAGAGGGAGAGAGAGCAAGAAGAGUAAAUGGAUAGUGAUUUGCGAGAUCGGUUAAUCGAAGGAGAAGGAAGAGAGGAAGAUAUUGAUGAGAUAACAAACUGUGGAAAAUUCAUAAAAGAAUCACUCGUAGAAAACAAAAAACUAUGGUUAUUGGCCGGUCCUGCUAUAUUCACAUCCGUUGCUCAGUAUUCUCUUGGAGCUAUCACUCAAGUUUUUGCUGGUCAUCUUACUACUCUUGAGCUUGAUGCUGUCUCUGUUGAAAACAUGGUCAUUGCUGGCCUUGCUUUUGGUAUCAUGUUGGGAAUGGGAAGUGCAUUGGAAACGCUAUGUGGACAAGCAUUUGGAGCGAAACAGUAUCACAUGCUAGGCGUAUACAUGCAACGUUCAUGGAUCAUCCUUGGUGUGACUUGUUUAGUUGUUCUACCAAUAUACGUUUUCGCUACCCCAAUUUUGAGGUUCUUUGGACAAGACGAAGAGAUUGCAGUUCUUGCUGGGAAAUUCUCUCUCUACAUGAUCCCUCAAUUGUUUGCAUAUGGAAUGAAUUUCCCAUUACAGAAAUUCUUACAGUCACAAAGCAAGGUCAUGGCUAUGGCAUGGAUAUCUGGAAUAGCACUUCUGUUUCAUAUAUUCUUAAGUUGGCUUCUCAUAGUACAGUUCCAAUUAGGGCUACCUGGUGCAGCUGUAUCACUCAAUGUAUCAUGGUGGUUGGUGGUGUUGGGCCAAUUUGCAUACGUUGUUAUGGGUAACUGUCCUGGUGCCUGGAAUGGUUUCAGUUGGAGCGCAUUUCGUGAUUUGGGUGCAUUCGCUCGACUAUCCGUCGCUUCAGCCAUCAUGUUGUGCCUUGAAUUCUGGUAUCUGAUGUUUCUCAUUGUGGUAGCUGGUCGAUUAAGGAACGCUGCUAUAGCAGUAGCUGCAAUAUCGAUAUGCACAAACCUGAGUGGAUGGGAAUUCAUGAUUUUCUUAGGGUUCAAUGCUGCAAUCAGUGUCAGGAUUUCUAAUGAACUUGGGGCAGGCAGACCAAGGGCAGCCAAAUUCUCUAUACUAGUUGUGGUGAUGUCUGCCGCAUUGGUUGGCAUAGCUUUCAUGAUCCUUAUCCUGGCUUUGAAAAAUGUUUAUGCUCUCCCAUUUACAAAUAAUCCCGAAGUCGCCGCUGUCGUCUCUGACCUUGCAAUCAUUUUUGCAUUCACAUUGCUGCUCAACAGUGUGCAACCCGUCUUAACAGGUGUUGCAGUAGGAGCUGGUUGGCAAUGGUUGAUAGCCUAUGUGAACGUUGGAUGUUACUAUAUUGUCGGUCUUCCAUUGGGAUACGUACUUGGUUCUUAUCUGGACAUGGGCGUGAAGGGAGUUUGGCUUGGAAUGAUUUCUGGAGUUGGCUUGCAAACUUUGAUUCUUACUGGCAUUACCCUUGGCACAGAUUGGAACAAAGAGGCUCUGAUGGCAAAAUCUAGGAUAAAUCAAUGGGGAGGAUCAGUAGCCCCCCAGAUUCAGAAUUCCGUCAAGCCGUGAGAGGUGGCAUUGUAAAUGAAAGUUUAUGUCGCACCUUCAGGGGAGGCAUGACAGUCGAUUGUGCCAAAUUAUCAAUAACCAACGCUGGAAAACAGAACAACUUUAUGGAUGGUGCCCACUGGGUUUUAUGCUGCAGAUUUUAUGUUCUCUAGAUAAGAAAUUGUUCUGGAUGGAAUUGUGAACCUUGAAUGAAUUGUAACCCUUCUUCAGAAACAAAAUAUGUAGGCUUGUGUAAUUGUUUCGGGUCAAUGAGUUGUGAUAUGUAAAGAAAUUUUAAUUCUGGUUUAAAUACAUAAAGAGUUUCACCUAUUUUUUUUUUUAUAACAAGAGAAUUUUAUUGA